CCAAGAUCAGCAUCACCCGAAUACCAAUGAGUCAUGCACCUGAAGAUCACCACCGUUAUUAUCACCUGCACUAUAAAGUCCCUUCACACUGUUCACUUGACAUCCGGCCUCGUCGCUAUAGACAAAAAGGGCAAACCCCUCAGUACACGGGGGUGAAUGCAGUUGUCUUUACCUGUGUUACAGCACAUGCUUCAGAGGAGGGAAGUUUUGCAGUCUCAGCAUCCCCCAACAUCACUGUGUGAAGUGAUUCUCUUCAUCUGAUGUGGACAGUCUGAUUGGUUUAUGGCUCUGAUUAUUGCUCUCUCGCGUUCUCUUCACCUGCAGCACAAACUGCGGGUGGGUUUAGCAUCAGUUUCCGCUCGCAGUAUGUCAUCAUUAAACACACGAGCCCGGGCUGUGUUUUCUGCAGCAGUUGAAGGUGUGCAUCCUGACAUGGUGGUCCGCAGGGGUCUGGAGAGACAUGGUGACAAACUCCAUGUUGGUGGACAGAGCUUCACACUUACCAAUAACCUGUAUCUGGUGGGCUUUGGUAAGGCUGUGCUUGGGAUGGCAGCAGAAGCAGAGAGGAUUGUCGGGGACCAUCUAAUAAAAGGGGUGGUCAGUGUGCCACAUGGUAUCCAAAAUACACUGCGCAGUCAUGGCAAAGAGAAAAUGCUGCUUGAGAGUAACAGCAGAAUAACAGUCAUGGAAGGAGCAAAGCACAAUUUACCAGACACAGAUGCUCAGAAGUCUGCAGAGUGCAUUCGGGAUCUGGCCAGCAGUCUGACUGAGAAAGAUCUGCUGCUUGUGCUCAUUUCAGGUGGUGGUUCUGCUCUCUUGCCAGCUCCAGCUCCACCCAUGUCCUUGCAGGAGAAACAGGAUGUGACCCGAAAACUCGCCGCAGCAGGGGCUACAAUUCAGGAGUUAAACACAGUGAGGCGAGCUCUGUCAUUGUUAAAGGGUGGAGGCCUUGCCCAGUGUGCCAGCCCAGCCAAGGUGGUGGCUUUGGUUCUGUCAGAUGUUAUUGGAGAUCCUCUGGAUUUGAUAGCCAGUGGCCCAACAGUCAGGAGUGACUCCUCACCAGAGGAGGUCUGGGCUAUCUUGGAUAAUUAUAAACUCUCUGACUCUCUUCCGUCCUCUGUAAAAGAGGUGCUUAGUAAAUCUAUGUCCGGCCAGGGGUCGCGGGUUAAGAACCAGCCACAAGAAGUUAAAGACAAUGUUUUAAAUGUUGUAAUUGGCUCAAACACUAUUGCACUUGAAUGUGCAAGCCGCAAGGCCAGUGAAUUAGGACUUAGACCAGUCAUUCUGUCUCCAGGAGUAUGUGGUGAUGUUCGCUCUGUUGCUCGACUAUAUGGGUUGCUUUCGAGUUUUGCAUGCUCCCCAGGAAAGGAACCUCCUCCAGAACUUGCUGCAGAGAUACUUAAGCUAGGGCCAGAGGUCGGGAUAGAAAGCUGGGACUUGUGUCGCACCAUGAAUGUACUCGUGGGGGAGAGGAAAGAAGGCUGGGGUGCGACCUGUCUGCUUGCAGGAGGAGAACCCACAGUGAAACUGAGUGGAAAAGGCAGGGGAGGAAGGAACCAGGAGCUGGCCAUGCGGGUGGGGCUUGAGCUCAGCCAAGGAGAAGUGAAGAGUGGUGCAGUGUUUCUCAGUGGAGGAACCGAUGGACAGGACGGCCCGACUGAGGCAGCUGGGGCCGUCGCUGAUGGGGAACUGAAAGAAGAGGCUGCGUCUCAAGGGCUGGACACUGACAGCUUUCUCGCCAACAAUGAUUCAUUCACCUUCUUUUCAAAGCUUUCUGAAGGACGACGGUUACUCAACCCUGGACUGACAGGGACCAAUGUGAUGGAUGUCCAUGUUAUGCUGCUGCCACCAUCACCCCAAAAAGACCUCCAGUAGUUUGACACUAGGUUGAUUUAUUUGAAAGCAACACAAAUUUGGGGGUAAUAAAUGAUUUUUCUGCUCUAA